GCUGCAGGACGCUGCUAGGAGCCGAGCCCGCCCCGCCUCGCCUCUGCCCGCCCGCAUGGCAGCUCCGUGGGACUGACCGCCGCCGACAAGCUCUGCGCCCCCGCCGCACGCACGGCUCGGCUCGGCUCGGCCGGGCGGCUCUCGGGGUCCGCAGCCCGCAGAGCCGUCCCUGAGGAGGAGUCUGUGGCGCUUGUCAAAAUGAGCAAGUGAUCAUCAGUGUGGCUUGGUAUUCCUGCUGCUGGAGCCUUCAGGAGCCAGCACUCAGCCCUGCUGAAGCCAGAGGAGGAGGGCGGAGGAGCACAGCCUGAUCAGGAAUGUUUACCCUUGCAGAAGUUGCAUCGCUCAGUGACAUCCAGCCAACUUACCGUAUCUUGAAACCAUGGUGGGAUGUAUUUAUGGAUUAUCUCGCUGUUGUUAUGUUAAUGGUCGCCAUUUUUGCUGGAACCAUGCAGCUGACAAAAGACCAGGUGGUCUGCUUGCCAGUUUUGCAGUCUACUGUAAAUUCAAGAGUGCAGCCUGAUACAGCAGGGAAGGCUGACUUCACCACUGUUGAAACAACCACUGGUCAAGAAGAAGCGUCAAUGAGAACUGUUUCCUUUGCCCCCACUGUAACACCUGACAUUCUUCUGAGCAGAGCUACCCCUUCUCAGUAUCAACCCACUGAAUCAGACCAGGAGCUGAAGAAGGAGCAGAAAGAUUCUUCAGGCCGUAAAACAAAUUUGGAUUUUCAGCAGUAUGUAUUUAUUAACCAGAUGUGCUAUCAUUUGGCUCUUCCUUGGUACUCAAAGUAUUUUCCCUAUCUUGUUCUCAUCCAUACUAUCAUUUUAAUAGUCAGUAGUAAUUUUUGGUUCAAGUAUCCCAAGACUUGCUCAAAAAUUGAGCAUUUUGUGUCUAUACUGGGGAAGUGCUUUGAGUCUCCUUGGACUACAAAAGCAUUGUCUGAAACGGCAUGCGAGGACUCUGAGGAGAACAAACAGAGGUUAACUGGUGCCCAGUCCCUGCCCAAGUAUGUUUCCACUAGCAGUGAUGAAGGAAGCCCAAGUGCCAGCACUCCCAUGAUAACCAAAUCUGGCUUCAAAUUUUCAGCCGACAAGCCGAUGAUCGAGAUUCCCAGUGUCACGAUUUUAGAUAAGAAAGAUGGAGAACAGGCCAAGGCGCUGUUUGAGAAAGUCCGGAAGUUCCGGGCUCACGUGGAAGACAGCGAUCUGAUUUACAAGCUCUACGUUGGCCAGACUGUCAUCAAGACUGUCAAGUUCAUAUUUAUUCUCUGCUAUACUGCAAACUUCGUCAACACCAUCAGUUUUGAACACAUCUGCAACCCAAAAGUGGAGCACCUGAUUGGCUACACACAGUUUGAAUGUACACACAAUAUGGCUUAUAUGUUGAAGAAGCUGCUUAUCAGCUACAUUUCCCUCAUCUGUGUCUAUGGUUUUAUCUGCCUCUACACGCUUUUCUGGCUGUUCCGGAUACCUUUGAAAGAAUACUCCUUUGAAAAGGUCAGGGAAGAGAGCAGCUUCAGCGAUAUCCCAGAUGUCAAAAAUGAUUUUGCAUUUCUCUUGCACAUGGUGGAUCAGUAUGACCAGCUGUAUUCGAAGCGAUUUGGUGUCUUUUUGUCAGAGGUAAGCGAGAACAAACUGCGCGGGAUUAGUUUGAACCAUGAAUGGACUUACGAAAAGCUUCGGCAGCACGUCUCCCGCAACGCCCAGGACAAGCAGGAGCUGCAUCUCUUCAUGCUGUCAGGGGUCCCUGAUGCAGUGUUUGAUCUGACAGAUCUGGAUGUGUUGAAACUGGAGCUGAUUCCUGAAGCGAAAAUUACAGCCAAAAUUUCCCAGAUGACAAAUCUUCAGGAGCUUCAUCUGUACCACUGCCCUGCGAAGGUCGAGCAGACUGCCUUCAGCUUCCUCCGGGACCACUUGAGAUGCCUUCAUGUGAAAUUCACAGAUGUUGCAGAAAUUCCUGCAUGGGUGUAUUUGCUCAAAACCCUCCGUGAAUUGUAUUUGAUAGGCAACUUGAACUCUGAAAAUAAUAAAAUGAUAGGGCUUGAAUCUCUUAGAGAGUUGAGACACCUUAAAAUUCUCCAUGUGAAGAGCAAUUUGACCAAAAUUCCCCCCAAUAUCACAGAUGUAGCACCACAUCUGACAAAACUAGUCAUUCAUAACGAUGGCACUAAGCUUGUGGUACUCAAUAGCCUUAAGAAAAUGACAAAUGUUGCAGAGUUGGAACUGCAGAACUGUGAACUGGAGAGAAUUCCCCAUGCCAUCUUCAGUCUCUCUAACUUACAGGAACUGGAUUUAAAGUCAAAUAGCAUACGCACAAUUGAAGAAAUUAUCAGUUUCCAGCAUUUAAAAAGAUUGACUUGUUUAAAGCUGUGGCACAAUAAAAUAGUCAGCAUUCCUUCAUCCAUUACUCACAUAAAGAAUUUGGAGUCUCUUUAUCUCUCCAAUAACAAACUUGAAACCUUACCUGCCGCAGUGUUCAGUUUACAGAAACUUCGGUGUUUGGAUGUAAGCUACAACUCAAUUGCGGUGAUUCCAGUGGAAAUAGGUUUGCUUCAAAAUCUUCAGCAUUUUCACAUCACAGGAAACAAAGUCGACAUUUUGCCAAAACAGUUGUUUAAAUGUGUUAAAUUGAGGACUUUGAGUCUGGGACAAAACUGUAUUACCUCAAUCCCAGAUAAAGUAAGUCAGCUGUUGCAGCUGACUUACCUGGAACUGAAGGGAAACUGCUUGGACCGUCUGCCAGCUACGCUGGGGCAGUGUCAGCUUCUCAGGAAAAGUGGGCUCGUAGUGGAAGAUCACCUCUUUGACACUUUACCCUCAGAAGUUAAAGAGGUGUUGAAUCAAGACACGGGCAUUCCCUUUGCUAAUGGGAUUUAGACUGAGGUGAAAUGCUCUGGUAGCUGACUUCCAAAUGGCAAAUGAUAAAAAGUAUGGCAACUGUGAGAUCAUCUGUUUUAGAAAGCAGAAUUCCUUGGAAGGCAGAAUUACUAGCAGGUUUAGAAGUGCAACUGAGUGUUCAAUGUUUGCAGUGUUUUAAAAGUUCAUUUCCAAAAUUUUUGAGAGGAUAAAAAACCUUAAUAAUCUCAAUUCUUUUUUCCUUAAAUUGUUUGUAACUUGGAUGCUGCCGCUUUUGAAUGUUUACAAAUUUGCUUGCCUGCUUAAAAGUAAAUGAUUAAAUUGAUGACCUUUUCUUACUAUGCAAGUUAUUCCUUAAGGUCUGGUUUUACUUUAGUGCAUUAUGGGGAGACAAACCAAGGCUAAAUGUUGUAUGUGGUAUGGGCCUAACAGCACUUGAAACACAGGUUGAAUUGUGUUGUUAGUGUUUACCUGUCCUUGGCAAAUAAAACCCGUUUGGCUGUGAUUUGAACUGCACCAGAGCCACCAUUUUCCUGCAUUAAGGUAUGUGGUUUCAUAGAAUCAUUUAGGUUGGCAAAGACCUGUAAGAUCAUAGAGUCCAACCAUUAACCUAACACUGCCAGGUCCUCCAUGUCCCUAAUCACUAUGUCUGUGGUUUUGUCAAAUGCUUCUGGGGAUGGUGAUUCCACCACUUCCCUGGGCAGCCUAUUCCAAUGUUUGACCACUCUUUCAGUGAAAAAAUUUUUCCUAAUGAUCUAUCUUAGCACAACUUUUGUCUUUUUGUGCUACUGCUUGUUACCUGGGAGAAAAGACUGGCCUCCACCUCACUACAGCAUCCUUUCAGGUAGUUGUAGGGAGCAAUAAGGUCCCUCCUGAGCCUCAUUUUCUCUGGGGUCAACACCCCCAGCUCCCUCAGCCAGUCCUUCAGGACUUGUGUUCCACACCUUCACGAGCUCCACUGCCCUUCUCUGGACACUCUGCAGUACUUCAGUGUUUUGCAUCAGUCCAAGUGUGUUUGCCAUCAUUCUCAAAGCCUCACGUUUUUGGGUGAGAUUCCUUCUGUGGAAGUCCCUCACCCUGGCAAAGGCUGGUCACCUUCCUGCAGCUGAUCUCCCCCUCAGCCUCCACAGUGCUCCUCUGUCCCAUGCAGCAGUGGGUGGCAAAAGGCAGAAUGUUGCCAUGUGGCUUUCAAGUUGGAGAUAGUUUUGAUGUUUGUGCUCUUUUGGAAGGUGACUUUGAAAGCCAUUAAACACCAAGUGACUUUACUGCUCAUGUUUUGCUCUUCUGAGUUUUUAUCUGGAAAACUCGAGGCGUUUUAUGAGUUGGUGAUUGUUCUGUUUCACCGCCCUGGCUUAGGAUGUGGGGCGUCAUCUCCAUUUACCAGACUAAUAACAGACAUAAGAUCUGCUUUUUCACUUAACUGUGAUUAAGCUUUAUCAUCUAUUGUGGUGUCUUCUGCACCUGGACUUUACCAUACCCAGCCCAACUAAUCUGAUGUCUUUGAAGACUUACUCACUGUUAGAAAUCCUCACUGUGUGCCAGAUAAGUCAUCCAGUAAAGAAAAAAGUAGACAGCAGUGAGCUUGGGUUUGGUUGGGUUU